ACCCUUCCGGUAUGUACCCAUUUCCGAAUCAGAUCCAGCCCCAGAUUCACCAUCCAAACGUCAUUCACUUCAUAGGAGCCGGAUAUGAUCUGCUGAAGGGUAACCCUGAUGGUGGUUUCUGGGACAAAGCCGGGGACGACCCUGGUUUAAAAAUAACACAGAAAAUUUUCUACGUUACACAAAGUCUAACAGGAACUCCCCCUCAAAUUGAGCUUGAACACCGGGAUAGCUGUUUUAAAUCGCAUGAGUACAAUCUCAUUUACAAUACUAAAUCUUACCAGGAUAGACUCCGCGAAGCUGUGACGUCAUCAGGGGAUGCAGAAGGUGGGCUUUCAGAGUACGCCUUUACUCUUAGCUCAGGCUAUAAGGCCAUCGCCGUGCAGACUGCUCGACACAAUUACAUUUUCCAGGACUACACUUCUUUCUGCAAUAUGGGGCAUGCGCGGUUGAAGCUUCAUCUUGCCCAAUCAGCUCAUAUGUCCGUAACGAACGAAUUUGCUGCCGCCACGUGCCAGCUUCCAACGACGUAUGACCAGGACGCUUACGUCAAGUUCAUACAGGAGUGGGGAACGCACGUGAUCACCGAAGUUGAAGUCGGUAAGAAGCUGACGUACAGGUACCAAACAACACUCAGCCAGUACAUAAACUUCAUCGUCAACAACGCUAGUGACGAGAUUUCGAUCGGAGGACCAAUGAACGGCUUCGACGCAUCGCUUGGUGUUGAUAUGGAAUCCUUCAAAUAUAGAAAUGAAUAUCGCGCCUUGGUUGGUAAAUAUCACGACACACUUGGAGCCGGAGAUAUGAUGUAUAACGACGAGAUCGAGCUUGUUCUUCUUACGCUAGAUGGCGCCUUAAAACCGGAAGUAUGGACGAACUUCGAAUAUUAUGUACAGCAAGGUGUUUGCUCACAGGAGCAGGGCACCAGUCUGAGUAAAUGGAGAGCCAACAUUCUGAAGGCGCUCGCAGUUUAUCCUAGAGUCGUCGGAGCCUCCACACCCACAGACUCUCCUCUCGCCAUACCUAUCACUUGGCCAAGUGGAACAUACGGGCUUCCAAAACCGAUUUCGGAUUGUCCCGGUCACUUCAACUGGACAGAGGGGUACCGAAAGGAAAACACGGAAACCACUAACCCAAACAACACCUGGUCAGCAGAUAAUCAUUUUGCGGGAGCGCUGACGCCAUCGUCUAUAACCUUUGACUUCUGCAUGAAACCUCUCGCCAACCAAUCACCGUACAGUAUAAACUGGACCAAGGGAGACUACUGUAUUUAUAAAUACGGAUCUUGCCCGUUUGGGUUCAUGGCAGGAACUAUCCAUUUUGACGACGAGAAUACAAAUAACCAAAAUUCCCUGGGCGGCGAUUAUCCGGACGGAACAUACAGCAUGGAUACAACAUAUAGCUACUGCUGUAGAUCCGAUGGUUCGUACGUGAACCCUAUCAUUCUACCAACCGAUAAACCAUUCUACUUGUUCAAAAACAAACGUGGUUGCCAGCACGUGCAUGGCAUGGUUGCUAAGGAGGAAUACGUACGCCUUGACAACGAAGAUAUGCCUACCUCCAGUUAUGGUCAGUCAUCAGCAGGCUAUGGUCCUCACCCUGCCGUAGACAUUGUUCGUUACCAUGACACCACUUCCACUCUUCACUUCUGCUACUACUCAAAAGCCGCCGGGGGGCCGGGACAGGGGCCUUUGGUGGGGUGAGGUCUGAGGAACGGUCCGAUAAAUUGUCGACAAACGAUAAUAUAGCUUAAAAUGGUACAGAGGUUUACCAGGUUUGUGCUCUCGAAAAAUAUUGUUUCUGUUUAAAUGUUUAAAUGUUGUCUAUUGCAAGUAACAGUUCUCA